CCACCACACACACCGCCCAGCAUGGCUGACGCCGCCGUCGAGAACCCGCUGAACACGGUCCCGCCGCACAAGAAGCAGCUUCCUUCUUCGAUACCGAACUUCGACGCACUGGAGGGCUUUUCGACAGAGGGUGACGAUGACUACUCCACCUUCAAGAAGCUCCAGAGGCAACUGGAGUACAUCCAUCUUCAGGAGGAGUACAUCAAGGAUGAGCAGCGGAGCUUGAAGCGCGAGCUCGUGCGGGCACAGGAGGAGAUCAAGAGGAUUCAAAGUGUACCGCUGGUGAUUGGGCAGUUCAUGGAGGCCAUCGACCAGAACACUGGCAUCGUACAGUCUUCGACCGGCUCUAACUACGUUGUGCGCAUUCUUUCUACACUCGACCGCGAACUCCUCAAGCCAUCCUCAUCCGUCGCCCUCCACCGCCACUCGAAUGCCCUUGUCGAUAUCCUGCCUCCGGAGGCUGACUCUUCGAUCGCCAUGCUCGGGCAGGACGAGAAGCCCGACGUCACAUAUGCCGACGUUGGUGGUCUAGACAUGCAGAAGCAGGAGAUCAGGGAAGCUGUCGAGCUGCCCCUCACACACUUCGACCUGUACAAGCAGAUUGGUAUCGACCCACCGCGCGGUGUGCUGCUCUACGGACCGCCAGGAACUGGAAAGACGAUGCUGGUCAAGGCUGUCGCAAACAGCACAACAGCUUCAUUCAUCCGUGUGGUAGGAUCUGAGUUCGUCCAGAAGUACCUGGGUGAGGGACCGCGUAUGGUUCGCGACGUGUUCCGAAUGGCGCGCGAAAACUCGCCGUCUAUCAUCUUCAUCGACGAAAUCGACGCCAUCGCCACCAAGCGCUUCGACGCGCAGACGGGUGCUGAUCGAGAAGUACAGCGUAUUCUGCUCGAGCUUCUGAACCAGAUGGACGGCUUCGACCAGACUUCCAACGUCAAGGUCAUCAUGGCCACCAACCGUGCCGACACGCUCGACCCUGCGCUCCUCCGACCCGGUCGUCUUGACCGAAAGAUCGAGUUCCCUUCGCUGCGAGACCGCCGUGAGCGACGCCUCAUCUUCUCCACAAUCGCAGGGAAAAUGAGCUUGUCACCUGAGGUCGACAUGGACAGCCUGAUUGUGCGCAACGAUCCCCUGUCCGGUGCGGUCAUUGCGGCUAUCAUGCAAGAGGCUGGUCUGAGGGCCGUCCGGAAGAACAGGUACAACAUCAUCCAGGCUGAUCUGGAGGAGGCGUACACUAGCCAGGUCAAGGGGACGGCCGAGGCCGACAAGUUCGACUUCUACAAGUAAGCGCAUCGCGGGCGGGGGAUGAGGGUAUGGAAGUGGCACUGUACACUACAUAGAGGUAGACCUUUGGUCUGGAUCUGCACGCUGCACAUAAGCUCGGCUGCAUGUCUAAUGCAAUGAUGACUAUGAGAUACACU